UAUUACAGGUCCCUGACUCUUAGCACCACUGAAAAUUCCAAAAAUAGUUAAACAAAGUUAAUUUUUUUUCUAAGAAAAGGGUAGGGUGUAAUAAUCUCUUCAUUUUUUUCUCCUCCCAAAUCCGCCUUUUAACCAGCUAAUGAAUAUUAAGUAGGAUUUCGGAGCAAUAAGACCGGCCUCCUGCACCAACGCGGCCACAUCCAGCAUCCACCCGCGCAGCGCGCAACAUCUCACAGCGCUUUCAUCAGACUGGCAUCGGAUUGGUUUGGAGUGCACUGCGACAGUUUUGAAUAGAAAAAUGGCUUUGAGAGGACCUCUAUUCCGUCUUCUCAGAACUCAACUCGGCCACACAUGCCAACAAAGCAGAGCUCAGUCUGUGGCUGUUCUUGGAGCUCCGUUUUCAAAAGGACAGAAAAGAAGAGGCGUGGAGCACGGCCCUAAGGCCAUCAGAGAUGCGGGGCUCAUCGACAGGCUCUCGGCUUUAGACUACUCUGUCCAUGACUUCGGCGACCUCAACUUCCACCACCUUGAGAAAGAUGAACCCUACAUGGAUGUAAAGUUCCCCCGCACUGUGGGUGGAGCAAAUAAGAUGCUGUCUGGCGCCGUGAGCAGAGCUGUUGGUGCUGGGCACACCCUGGUCAUGCUGGGAGGGGAUCACAGCCUUGCAAUUGGAUCAGUGGGAGGCCAUGCCCAGCAGUGUCCUGACCUUUGUCUCAUCUGGGUUGAUGCUCAUGCAGAUAUCAACACGCCAAUGACUUCUCCAUCAGGAAACCUCCACGGCCAGCCUGUGGCGUUCAUGCUUAAAGAGCUGCAAGACAAGAUGCCUGAAAUCCCAGGGUUUACCUGGACAAAGCCAUUCCUCUCCUCUAGGGACCUGGUGUACAUCGGACUGCGGGACGUUGACCCCGGAGAGCACCAAAUCCUGAAGAACUUGGGUAUCCAGUAUUUCACCAUGAGGGAUAUCGACAGACUGGGCAUCCAGAGGGUUAUGGAAGUUACUCUUGACCAUCUUCUGUCAAGAAAACAGCGACCGAUCCACCUGAGCUUCGACAUCGAUGCGUUCGACCCGUCUCUGGCUCCAGCCACGGGAACGCCGGUAAACGGGGGUUUGACCUACAGGGAGGGAAUCUACAUCACAGAGGAAAUCCAUAACACAGGUCUGCUGUCAGCCAUGGACCUGGUGGAAGUGAACCCAGUGCUGGGAGCCAACCGCGAAGCCGUGGCGGCCACCGCCGCUUUAGCGGUCGACGUCAUCGCAUCGUCUCUGGGACAGACGAGAGAAGGUGCUCACGCUGCCAUCGAUGAGAUUCCCUCUGUGAAGGACGACACAGAGCAGCUUUGCCUCUGAGAGCAUGGAGCAAAGCUUUGAACUAUAUCAACAUCAUCCCUGAGCAUUCCGCAAUUCUGAAUACAAGACUAAAGACUGAAUCUAAUGGUUGCUAAAGAAUUUGUUCUCUUGUUACAUUUCAUGAAGAAAACUAAAUAAUGUCUGAAUCUUUAAAUUCAACCAGAAAAAUGGCUUUACAUAUUUGAGGAGAAAAGUUCACAUUACUAAUGCUAAAACAAAAAGCUUUUGAUAAAAUCGACUGCUACACUUCAUUCAUUUAAUUCAAAACAGUGCUACUAAGUUAUUUUGCUCCUGUUAAACAUGUGACAUGUUCGAGGACACAGCUGCCAUAUUUAUUAUGUAUUUGGUUUUUGAAGAGAAUGAACCCGCUUCAGGAGAUAUGAUAAACCAAGUUUGACUUGGUUAGAAUUCCACAGUAUAAUGUGGCCUCUGACAACUGUUUUGUGGCUGUGCCAGUUACUAAAAAAUAGAAAGGAUGUGUUUGCACUUUUGGACCAGCUGGGAUUACUGUAUUUUCUUUAGAGAUUACUUUUUUUAUUUUCACUAUGAACCUACCAGUACAUGUUCUAGAAUUACUGUGUAUACAUAUUUAUUGACAACAUAAGUAUUAUUUGGCUUGAAAACUGUUAAUAACCGGCUUUGAUUGAAAAUCUGGAAAAAAAAAGAAAAAAAAGAGAAAUUGCAUAAUUAAGGUUGAUGUGGUCACUAACCAACUAUUGUCCUUAUAACAAAGAGUUUCUAUUUUGGUCUUCCAUAAAUGUGAUUACAUUUUU